CAUACAUGGCUUGGACAUAUCCAGGUAUCGAACGCUAAUGCACGUCGCGUCCAGUCCAACAUGAAGCGUUCAGAAUACGUUGUUUUCGCUGUCGUUCAGCAUUACCUAUAAUAUAGGCCACAGCUGGUUAGAAAAAAAAACAAAAAAUAUGGAACUUUAUCUAGUCAUCAUAUUAUCUCGCCAAUGGUAUGUAUGUAAUAGUUAUGCCCAUACUUUACAAGGUGUAUCGCCGAAUAUCUGUACAGGUUUGGUCGUGGGGCCUCCGAAGCGAAGCCGAGGAAGUUCUCACGACCAAAACUGUUGGGAUAUUCACCGAUACACCGAGUAAGUGUGGAUAUAACUGACUUAUACCCCACUUUAGGUCGAGUUAUUUAUUAUAUUAGUUCUAUGGCAAAUAAAAUCAAUAGCUAGAAAGUAGUAAAUAAUGAAACGAAAAUAACGUGGACCAGACGUCGUGAGCCUCACAGUUUGUUCUGGCGCAGUGAAACCGUCUAUUUCAGUCGUUGUGUCGCACGUGCAAAUGCAGUUUGACGUAGUUUUAUCAGUGUGUGUUAGGGCUGUACUGGUAUCGGAAUAUAUUAAAACUCAGGGACGUAGUUUGUAUUUCUGGGGAUGGGAAUAGUAUGGAGAAUUAAAAAAUAAAAUGCUGUUUUCGAGAAAAAAAUUAUAUUUAGAUCGUCUAAAAAACCCAAACCUUUUAUGAUAUGUAGAACUAGAAUUAAUAUUUACUGAUUUUCUUAAGUUUGGAGAAUUUACUGGAUGUGGUAGUUGACACCACUACCACACUAACUACAGCUCCGCACAUUGCACGAUUUUAACAGACGUAUCGUGCUGUAAAUAACUAAAGGAACUAUUGUGAAUAAGUGCGCAUGUGUAAUUAGAUGGUUCUUUCAAUUGGUUGCAAUAUUACGAAAACAUAAUUUGAACUUUGGUAUAUGCAGAUGAUAUCAGACAGCAAACUAAUUUUUGUAGAUAGCUUAUUCUAUUAGUUGAAAUAUUACGAAAACAUAGUUUGAACUUUGUUUAUAUGCAAAUGAUAAGUGUCAUCAAGCAAACCAUUUUUGUCCUAUUUUGUAACGGCGAAUUGUGAAAGAUGGUCGUGAGUUUCGAAAUAAGCCAGCGAGAAUGAAAGGACUUUGAAGACCAGAAUGGAGAUGUUUUUGCAGAGACCGCAUCCGGAAGACUGAUAGCUCACAUCCGUUACACCAUUGCCGAAUGCAAGUACCAAAAUAUCUGGUAGUGUUUAUUCUAGCGAACUUCCUGCUGUGGAACAUUUGGAUUAGAAUAAACUAUAAAAAGGCAUCAAGUACAUUUCCACAUGAAAAACAACGAUCAAUUCCGAAUGACGUCACUUUUCAAGAGAGUGACCUACUGUAUUCGACGCCCAUCACGCUGGAUAUCGAGUCACUAAGAAAGGCGUAUUCUGACAAAGUGACAGAUCUGAAGAGGAACAAAGCUUGGAAGAGGUUUGGCCAAAGACAUCUAUGCUCAAGUAAUGUUCGACUUAACCACCCCUGUUUAGACACAGCGUGCAAUUUAACUCUAUCACCAGCUUCAAGUGACGCCAAUUUCCAGAGUGUCUUUAAGCCUCUAACUCGGGUCAAGGACGUUUCUGGACGUCUCUCCGAAGCUCUGGGUCCCUACAGGAGCGCCAGUGAAGUGACUUUCGUGACAGGGGCGUCCUCCAAUCAUUUCAAGGAAUCUCAGGCGCUCAUGAAGAAUCUGCACAAGACAGUGUUUCCUCAUCUGAAGAACUAUACGUUCUAUUUCUACGACUUGGGACUCACGUCAGAAGAAAGGCAACAGGUUGUGAAACAUUGUGGAUGUGAAGUGAGGUCAUUUCCGUUCCAUGUGCUGCCGGAAAGAUUUGCAUUUCUUAAUUGCUACAUCUGGAAACCCUUAAUAAUACAGGCAGUUCUUCCACAUACUGAAAUUGUCAUUUGGGUCGACGCUUCAAUACGGUUUGUUACUGGUAAUCUGAAACCUUUGUUUGAUGGCGUUCGUUCAUCAGGUUUAUUGCUGUACUUCACCGAUUUUUCAGCUGGACAGUUCACAUCGAAGAAGAUGUUCGACUACUUCGGAGACAGCGCUUGCCAGUUCGAAACGUACGGUCAACUCGGGGCUGGCUUUAUAGCAGCGCACAAUGAACGUUUCACGAGGGACGUCAUCUUGAAGACGUGGUGGGCAUGCGCUGUAGACCCAGAAUGCAUGUGCAUCGAUUACGAUAAUCGGGAACUACGCUGUGAUGUGACAAUUAGAAAAUACUCUAAGUGUCAUAGAUUUGAGCAGGCGGCCCUCACUCUGAUGCUGGCGAAGCUGUUCAGAGAAUUUACGUUCAGUUUCAGAUUCCCGAAUGGAAUGUAUUUCACUGUGAAACGGAGUCAUACCGAGAACUACUUUGAAGAACUGGAGGCCAAAAUACACAGGGAUAUGAGUGAUAGAAUUAAAAUAAAAUACUGAAAGAAAAGAAUUGAGGGAUCAUACCAACAACACUAACAGGAUUUAGUGACUGCAACCAAAACCCUCGCCCAAAGUGGCAGGGAAUUAACAUUAAGUCUCACAUUAUUGACAUCCAAUCCUACAUUACAUCUUUGUAUUUGAUACAAACAUUAUGACACUAAUAGAGACUGAAAUGUGGUCUACAA